AUGGUCCCUUGCUACUGCACCUCGAAGGCAGCCCCGAGAAAAAUUUCAAGUCAAUUUAAAUCGAACAAGAACGGGGAAGUAAAGGAGCGCAAGUUCGAUGGUGACUUCAACAGACGGGUCAUCAACCCUAUGCCAAUAAAUCAGCUUUCUCAUCCUCUGUUCAAGAGUGAUCAGCGUAUUGAGAUGCGCGUGCCAAUGUUCCGUCCUGAAGCGUUGACGGAAGCCGCCGUAGGUACUGUCAUGCAGUUUCCAUUAUCGCAGGACGAUACCAUCAAAGCCUACGGUGUGCCAACGAACGUACUCAUGGAUUUCCGUGUGUUGUCAAAACCAUGUUCUGUCAUCCGGGACGUUACAUUAUCUCUUAUUGAUACUCUUGAUACCGCAAAUCAGAAAUCCAGCAAGGAUACGAGAUUAGUCUUGACUGGAUCUGCUGGUUGCGGAAAGAGUUUCCUCAUGCUGCAGGCAGUAGAAUACUGCUCUGCGAGCAAUUGGAUAACAUUAUACGUUCCCCGAGGAAUUACUACUGUUGACUCCUCCUCCCACUAUGUCUACGAUCCUCAGACACGCACAUAUCUCCAACCGGAGUACUCAUACCAGCUUUUGCGGCGCUUCCUGAGCGUGAACUCCCGCCAACUCGCAGAACUCUCGACGCGGAAGGGGUUUUCUGUGGACGAUCUGUCUGUCCCAGCCGAGUCUCCUCUGACCGACCUCAUUCAAGUGGGACUGGACGACGAGAGACUCGCACCUGCAAUCCUUUCGCGGGUAUUGGAGGAGGUCUCGCAGCAGAACACAUUUCCUGUGCUCAUGGCGGUCGACGACAUCCAGGCCGUCUACCGCACGUCCCUGUACCGCGAUCCCCACUACCGGCCCAUCCUAUCGCAGUAUCUUUCCGUCCCACGCUUGAUCCUAGAAUACGCUUGCGGUAGCAAAUUCUUCACCCGCGGUGCAUUCCUCGGCGCUGUAUCUACCGCGAACACCCGGUUUAAAAUGCCGAUUGAGCUGAGCGAGGCCCUCGGGCUGCCGUUACCCCGCCCCGCCGGGCCGUACUACCACCGUUCGUCAGAGCUCGAGCACUAUGCGGGCGGACUGCGCAAUUUCCCCGUCCCGGAGCAGCUCAAUGUGGGCGAGGCGGCGUCGCUCUUCGAGGUGUGGAUGGCAGAUAAGGCGCUGCACUCGGGCGAGGUGCGCACGCUCGAUAAUGAGCAGGUCUACAAGCCCACCGAUGAGCUUUUCAUGUCGAAGUUCUGCGAGGCGAGCGGAAACCCGAGGAGCUUCGUGUGGAACGGCCUGAUGGCGACGAUGAAUUCCUUGUAG